UUUCCAUGGCAACCGGCCGGCCAUCUUGCUAGGCCUCGUUUCCAUAGCGACGCCGCCGCCAGCCGCCAUCUUGUUUGCGCCGGUCUCCACGGCGACCGGCUCCCGCGAUCCCCCUCAGCCGGCAGCGCGAUGGCGGGCCGGUCGAGCCUGGAGGAGCUGGAGCUGACGGGCGAGGAGGCGCGGCGGCUGCGCGAGGCCUUCCGCGACGAGGGCUUCCGCAGCCUCUUCGCCGAGUACGCGGCCGAGCUGGCCGACCCGGCGCAGCGGGCCGUGUACGAGGCGGAGGUGGUGGCGCUGGAGCGGCAGCGCGGCGUCGAGGCCCGCUUCCUCCACCCGGCGCCCGGCUGGGUGCUGCGGACCAGCCAGGCCGGCAGCCGCCGCUGCUACCUCAACGUCUGCGGCAACGCCCUGGUGGGGCGGCCCGAGGCCCGGCGCGCGCCCGGCGGCGCCUGCUGGUCGCUGCCGCACUGCCUGUCGCCCGGCCGGGAGGAGCUGGGCCGCGGCCCCGGAGCGCCCCGCCGCCUGGUCUACGACGUGGUCUUCCACCCGGACGCGCUCCGCCUGGCCGCCCGCUCGGCCCGCUUCCGCCGCCUGGUGGACGAGACGGCGCUGGAGGCCGUGGAGCGGCGGUUCUCGCCGGGCCUGGACCGCGCCAACGCCGUCCCGCUGCGGGGCACCAAGUACAAGGGCGUUCCGCAGGCCACCCUCCUCCGCACGCCGCUGCCCGGGGGCGCCCCGCCGGAAGCAGGAGGAGAGGGGGGCUCGCCGCUGCCGCCCUUCCCCACGCCCUACGCCUACCCGCCGCCCGCCCCGGGGCCCGAACCCGCCGCCCCGACCGCCCCGACCGCCCCGACCGCCCCGCGCUGGACGCUGCGGCAGCGCUGCUACGUGGACCUGCAGGACUACCGCUGCAGCCGCGACUCGGCGCCCAGCCCGGUGCCGCGCGAGCUGGAGGUGGCGGUGGAGCUGCCCCUGCUGAGCUCGGCCGCCCAGGCCCAGCUGGAGGUGCGCGGGCGGGAGCUGCGCCUGGACUCGCGCCGCCCCGCCGCCGCCUACCGCCUGCGCCUGCCCUUGCCCUACCCGGUGGACGAGGACGGCGGGCGGGCCGCCUUCGACAAGAGCCGGCGGCGCCUGGUGGUCACCUUGCCCGUGCGGCCCCGGGAGGAGGGUCAAGGGCCGGGCGGCGAGCAGCAGCAGCAGGACCCUCCGGCCAGCGGCCGCUCGCCUUCCUCCCCGGCGGAACAGCCCGGGCCUCUGACCCACGUGGCUGCAAACCACGUGCAGCUUCCGGCGUGCGCUGAAGAAAGCGGUCCGGCGGCGGACAGAGGCGGCGAAGGGGCGACCGCUGCUGAGGCUUGUCCCGGCCCUCUCGCGGGCCACUUGGGGUCCGCCCUGGAGCCACUCGGGGACCUUGAGACGGCUGCUCCGGGCGCCGCGGACAGUAACCUCUGUGACAGGAGCCCAGGUGCGAGUGCCUCUGAAGGUGGCGGCGGCGGCGACAAGGGCCACGAGGCUGGUCCCAUUCCUCUUGACCCCCAGGUGUGUGUGGGUAGAAGCCUGGAGCUUCCUGUGUGCUGCAGCAUAACCAGCCCUCCUCCUCCUCCUGGAACUGAAGUGGGGCCAUGUGCCACCAUGGAUCUUGAAAAAUGCCCCGCGGUCACAGAUGUGGUGCCCUCGCCAGAGCUUGGUGAUGCCACCCUCCCUGCGACAGUUGAUGCCACCAUCCCUGCGACACACCUCUGUGGGGUCGACUCCAAUCAACCCGUGACCAAGACAUGCCAGAACUCCUCCACCCCAGAGGGUGGUGUGGAAACCUGUACCAGUACAGAUGUUUCUGGGUAUUCUGGUAGCUGCAGCAGUCCAGUAGUACUGGCAUCCUCCAACGCUGCCCCAGUGGUGGAUGUUUCUGUCACUGCAGCAAGUUUCACAAACAGCCCUCCAGGUUCCCCUCUGCUCUCCAGGACAGGUGCUGUGGUGGACCCAAAGAGUGCCAUAAACUCUAGUAGCAGCCCUGACUCUCCAGAGCCCCCCAGCAGCCCAGCCCCUCCUCUGUUGUGCCCUCCCUUCCAGUGCACUCAGGACGAAGAGGCCCUGACGCUGCUCUUACAAGUGCCGGAUAUCGAUCCCCACAGCCUCAAAGGGGAGGUCGACACAAAUCACUACCGGGUUAGCUUUGUCAGCAAAGACUCCGUUCCCUACACCCUCCUCUUGCACUUCCCUCCUGAAAAUAAAUUGACUUCUCCAGAAACUGGCAUCAGCGUGUCAUUAAAUAACGCUGUUAUUCACCUGACGAAGGCACCUGAGACCGCUGGACUUUGGACAAAGCUGUACUUUGGCCUGAAUGAAGAUUCCCUGCAGGAAAAGUUGUUUGUCUCUGAAGACAACGUCGCUGGGUUUCUGGACAGCCUCCAAAGACCGUUCUGCACUGGCCAGCUUGAGACGCAACAUCAGGCGUUAAUUGAAGUGCUUGAUGUGUCUGAGGACAAAUGUCAGAUCCAGUUAAAGGCACAGGAGCACGACAGCCCCAAAGCUGGUGAAGCAGAAAAGAAAGUUAAUCCUGGGACUGAGGACGGCGAGCACCCAUACAAUGCCGAAAACCACCCUCUCGUUCCUGACCUAGCAGGAGAGCACGGCAUGCAAGCCACAAAAGCCUCUCACUCCGUCGCAGCUGCGGAAACAAAGGAACCAGCUGGGUGGGGACAGCACCAUUGUUUGGAGCCUGACCCCGCUGACUCUUGCUUGGCUGCUCCAGGGAAGUCGCAGAUAACGAAGUUACAGGAGUCAGAACUUGCUUUCACAACAGACCCAAGAGCCGCACCCACAGAGCAAAUGCAACUUGGUGGGGGUGGGCACGCAGGAACCGGAGCGGACGUGCGCUCGGGCUCUGCAGAGAGCAGUAGCCUGGCUGCUCCCGUGCUCAGGGAAACCGACAUGAGAGACGGAAGCGUGCGGAUUAUUAGUCAUCACGCAACCCACUGUGCCGUCUCCUUUCAGAAUUCUUUGUUAUAUGAACUAGACUAACUGGUUGGGCGGCUAGUGGACUUUCCGUGGUUGUAACCUCUGUCGUUGCUAAUGGACUUUCUGUAGUUGCAACCCCCCCCCCCCCGCCCCCAAUUCUGUGUCUCCUUCUUAAGCGAAGAGAAGACUGCAGAAAAACCUGAUGAAAACAACAAAGAACUGAAUGUGCUGGAAAACUGUGGAGGGAUUUCACAAAUUGGUUGGGGGGGGGGGGGAGAAUCUGUUUUGUUUGUUGGGAGACACCCCCUCCCCCAAAACCAGCUCGUUAAGCUCUGCUUGGUUUCCCUCUGAACACAAAAUCCUGUUUAGUUAGGCAACCUGUUGUGCGGUUGCUCGCCUUCUGCGCAUACCCUUUCAGGCCACAGGUGCAACCCUUGUGAAGGACCCCAAGGAAACAAACGGACUUUCCCGAGAACACAUCACCUUUGCCAGCUCCAUUUGUGCAUGCAGGCUGUGCUGUUUUGCCUGUGCAGAGAGGGCCUUGGCUUCCCCUCCGUCCCACUGUUUCAAUUGUCCUCACUCAAACAGGAAACGUGUUUUGCAAUAUUGAACCUCCGGCACUGGGGCCUUUCAGAGCCACGUCAAGUUUUCCCCCGAAGCCCCGUCCCGACGGGUGAGGCUCUGCGAAUAAAAGCUGGCUUUGCUCUUGUGGCCUUUGCUGAGCUCCUGUCUAGUAUUCCUCAAGGGGAGAGGGGAUGGUUU